AUGGAUUUAAAAGAGAAAGAAAUACUAUUUGAUGAAAUUAAUGACCUUAUACAUAGAGAAUAUAAUAUAUGUUAAUAAAAAAACAAAGGAUAUUUUUAGUAAUUAUUUAACAAGGAAAAACCACUCCCUACUAAAAAAGUUUCUAGCAUUUAAUUUAAAGAUGAGUUUAUAAUUUUACAAUACUCUGUAGAUUAGGAUUUACAGCAUUUAAAUUUAAAGCAAGAUUUUGAAAAAAUGAUGUACAAGACUGAUAAAUAAACCUUUAUUAGUUAAAUUGAUGAAGAGGAUGGAAAUGUAAAGAUAGAUUAUCAAGUAACCAAUUGGAUAGAAAAUUAUUUUUAGGAAGGCAGAUAUGAGACUGUGAUGCCUUAAGUUUACAAAGAUAUGUACUUUUAUCUUGCUGUAUCUUUAGCAUUUUUUUAUAAAUUCCUUAAGAAUGCGUUCAAUUGA